UUGGUCAGUUGACGUUUUAAACAUAAACAAACAUACGAUAAAAACAGAUAAAAAACAUAUUUUUAAAACUUAUAUUUGCUUGUUCGGCUUGUUCAUAUUUGUUAUUGUUUAUCAUACAAGAAAAAUUAAUCUUUUUUUAUCAUUAUGUUUAAAUUUGGAUUUUCUAAUGAAGAAGAAAAUGGUAACAACUAUGAGGAAAAAACUGAAAAACUAACUUGGUUUGCUGUGAGUGAAAUUCCUGUUACGGAAAAAAAUAUUUCCAAAGAGUUUGAUCCAGAUGACAGCAUCAACAUCAACAUAUCUGAUGUUAAUUUAAGACUUUUAAAUUUGGAUAAAACUGUCUUGAAAUUAGAUAGUGAUAAACAUGAUAAUAUUAUUAAAGCUGAAUCACAACAUUCAGAUUUAAUUCCUGCAAUUUAUGAAGGUGGUUUAAAAAUUUGGGAAUGCAGCUAUGAUCUUGGUAAAUAUUUAAUAUCAAAUAAUAUUGAUUUUGAAAAUAAAAAAGUACUUGACUUGGGUUGUGGAGCAGGAGUACUUGGAAUUAUUGCUUUAUUAAAAGGAGCAAUUGUUCAUUUUCAAGAUUACAAUACCGAUGUCAUUGAACUGAUGACAAUUCCAAACGUUCUUUUAAAUCUCAAUGAUCGAAAUUCAAUAAACGAUAGAACAAAAUUUUAUUCUGGUGAUUGGGGAGAAUUUACAAAAUAUUUCAACGACAAAAAUAGUAAUGAAAAAUAUGAUAUAAUAUUAACUAGUGAAACGAUAUAUAAUUCAGAAAACCAUAAAAAAUUAUAUCAAGUUUUUGAGAAUCUUCUUAAUGAUGAUGGUAUCGUAUAUCUUGCUGGUAAAACAUUUUACUUUGGUGUUGGUGGAGGUAUGCGACAAUUUGAAAAUAUAAUAAAUGAAGAAAAAAAAUUUGACAUUAAAAAUAUUUGGAAAAGUCAAAAUGGUGUUCAACGUGAAAUUAUGAAACUAGUAAAACAUCAAUAUUCUUAGUGAAAAUAAAUUUUUGAUAAUUACAAGGUUUUCAAGGUGACAAUCUUUCAAAAACCCAUCCAUCAUUUCCUUGAUGCACCAAAAUAUUGUCAAUUAUUUCAUCAUCACAUUGUUUUCUAAAUCUUAUUCUGUCGUGAAGGCGAUCACUUUGACCUUGCCAAAAUUCAAUACUCUUUGGAAUCACCAAAAAACCUCCCCUAAAAUAGCAAAAAAAAAAAAAAAAAAUCAAUCAAAAUUUAACUAGCAAA